AAACUGAUCUGAGUGAGGCCCGUUCCGCUUUUCCCUUUCGCUUUUCUCAUUUUUCUUUUCCAUCACUCUUCACUCUUCUUUCGAGUUUCGCCCAAACCCCAAACUUCAAACCUCUCUCUCUCUCCGAUCUUCCCAAACAGAGCUUCUCUCUCAAGUCGCCAUGGGAGACAGCCAGUACUCAUUUUCUCUCACUACGUUUAGCCCUUCAGGAAAGCUAGUACAGAUCGAGCACGCCUUGACAGCGGUUGGCUCUGGCCAAACCUCCCUCGGAAUCAAAGCUGCUAAUGGGGUUGUGAUCGCAACUGAGAAGAAGCUACCUUCAAUAUUGGUUGAUGAGACUUCUGUCCAGAAAAUACAGUCCCUUACACCAAAUAUUGGAGUCGUAUACAGUGGUAUGGGUCCUGAUUUUCGAGUCUUGGUUCGGAAAAGCAGGAAGCAGGCUGAACAAUAUCAUGGAUUAUACAAGGAACCUAUACCUGUUACUCAACUUGUUAGGGAAACUGCAGCUGUGAUGCAAGAGUUCACUCAAUCUGGUGGUGUUAGGCCGUUUGGAGUAUCUUUGCUUGUUGCUGGCUUUGAUGACAAUGGUCCUCAACUAUACCAGGUGGAUCCUUCAGGUUCAUAUUUCUCAUGGAAGGCCUCUGCAAUGGGAAAGAAUGUUUCAAAUGCAAAAACAUUUCUUGAGAAGAGGUAUACUGAUGACAUGGAGCUUGAUGAUGCUGUGCACACUGCUAUUUUGACUUUGAAGGAAGGAUUUGAAGGACAAAUCUCAGGCAAAAACAUUGAGAUUGGGAUUAUUGGAACUGACAAGAAAUUCAGAGUGCUUACGCCAGCUGAAAUCGACGAUUAUUUAGCUGAAGUGGAAUGAGCGUGAGGGAGUGAGUGGUUUUACUUUUGUGCUCCUUUUGCUUCAAAUGUACUUGUUGAAAUUCUGCCAUCUUCUUUUGCCUCAAAUUAACUAUUUAUUUUAAAGCAAAGAUCAAUUUAUGUUUACCACAAAUUUGUGAAAUUAAGAAAAUUCUCAGAUAGGUGAAAGACAUCUUAGAGUA